AAAAAUGAUGCAUUACAAAACGUGCAUUUUCCGAUAUUUCUUCAAGGUUGCUUCAAGGCCUUCAAACUCAAAAUUCAGGGUUUUCAGUGCCAUUUUAUGUUAAUUUCGUCCUCACGUAAUUGCGUAUAUUUUGGAAGGUAUAUUUGUCUGAAAAAGUAAUUGACUGAUCAAUUUCGAGAGACAUGAUAAAUGGAGUAAGAGUAGUGUGGGGAAACUGGCAGAGGACGAUAGACCGCUAUGCAGUCAUCAUUUAUCAGGCGAUAAAUGGUGGCGGCGGUCCGUCGCCGGCUCUGGCUCUGGCCGCCGCCGGUGGCGUCCCCCACCAGCGGGCCGCGACGCCACCUGGCGGGGCUCCGCCGCCCGUCGCCGACGACGGCUUCCUCUGGGCGGUCCCCAAGUACCGACGCUCUGUGGAGCGCAGGAUGAUGCGGCGCUACGGAGCGGAGAGCUGGCCCAACGGCCGCAAACUCAUCAAGCCCAAGAAUAACCUGAUAUUCUGUCUAAAGUGCGGCAGCCACUAUCUUCCCGGAAUGCUGUGCAUGACCUGUUACAACCGUGUGAAGAGUGAGACCGAGGAGCUGCAAAAGGCGGUGGCGCAGCAGCAGGGCCUCACCCCGCCAGACAGAGAAGUGGCCAUCGUGUAUCGUGGGGAGCGCGAGGCCAUCGACGACCAACAGGCCAAGGCGGUCAGACUAGUAGAACUUCCCAAGGAGCGACCUCGCUGGUUCAGCAAGAACCUCAUGCAGAGGACUACCACGCCGGUUGCCACAGAAACAGCUCCCGUCAAGCCCUCCGAUCUCGGUUGAGCUAUUCCUUGGUCGUGAAUACUCCAUGCCUGAGAACAUCUGGUGAACUCUGUACCCAUGUGAGCUGGUGUGUCUGAUUUGUUGGGCCAGGAGCGUUCUGACCAUUUUUUCUUCCCCAGGAGAAAUUUAACAGAAUGUGUUCACAACUGUUGGAUAGUUGACUACGGUCAUCUCAGAACCCCAGGCGGUGUAUGUAAUGUGCGACGGAAUGAUGUGUUUUUGCUUUUUGAAUGGGAGAAUGGUAGUGUUGUGAAAUCAAUGCAGAUGAUUUGUCAAGUGAGAGUUUUGAGGCUACAGUAAUGACCUGUUGAAGUGGGCGAAAAAGUGUUCACGGUCUUCUAAUACAGGUUGUGGAGUGGAAUA